AUGAAUUUACCCCUCAAUCCCAAGCCUUUUCUCAAUGGGUUAAGAGGAAAGUCAGUCAUGGUGAAACUCAAGUGGGGAAUGGAAGAUAAGGGUUACCUGGUCUCUGUAGAUGGCUACAUGAACAUGCAGCUUGCAAACACAGAAAAAUACAUAGAUGGUGCAUUGCCUGGACAUCUGGGGAAAGUGCUAAUAAGGUGCAGUAAUAUCCUUUAUAUCAGAGAUGUUGAAGAAGAGGAAGACUGGGAAACAUGA